CUUCCGCGCGGAAGCUGCGAGCUCGCGAUAGGAUUGGGGCGCUGUAAAUUGCGUAUCCCUGAAACGGCCGAUUAAAUAUGCCGAAUUUUCUUCAAGAUAUUCAGAGGAACAUACCUGAGAAAAAGGUCUCAGACCUAGCCGAGAACCAUCUGAAGAAAUGGGGAUUGACAGGGAUCCACCUGAGAGCCUACCAGCUGGACGGGGUACGGUGGCUCACGCAGUGCCUGAGUAGCCAGAGCGGCUGCAUCCUCGGCGAUGAGAUGGGCCUCGGCAAGACCUGUCAGACUAUUGCCCUGUUGCUGUACAUGAAAGGGAGCCUGGGGCACAAGGGACCCUUUCUUGUGUUGAGUCCUCUCUCCGUCAUGGAGAACUGGAGGGAGGAGAUGGAGCGGUUUUCUCCUGGUUUGGUGGUGGUGUCCUACACUGGGGACAAGGAGGCCAGGGCAGAGCUGAGGAGGGAGCUGAUCCAAGGCAGAAGCUUCCAUGUGCUGCUCACCUCAUAUGAGCUGUGCUUGAAAGAUUCAUCAUUCUUGGAAAGGUGGCAAUGGAAAGUCCUGGUGGUGGAUGAGGCUCACAGGCUGAAGAACCAGAAUUCCCUGCUGCACCGAACUCUGACACAGUUCUCCAUUGGAUUCAAGGCGCUCCUGACAGGGACACCCAUCCAGAAUAAUCUUGCGGAGGUCUACUCCCUGCUCAGCUUUAUUCAGCCCAGCAUUUUUCCCGAGAGUAACACCGAUGACUUUAUCAGCUCCUAUGCACGGGUGGAGGCUGAUCCCAAACUAGCCAGCGAGCUACACCGCAUCCUCCAGCCCUUCCUCCUCCGCAGAGUCAAGGCGGAGGUAGCCACCGAACUUCCCAAGAAGACAGAGUUGGUGGUCUAUCACGGCAUGUCUGCCCUGCAGAAGAGAUACUACAGAGCCAUCCUCACGAGGGACCUGGAUGCAUUCGAGGAUGAGCAGGGCAACAAGACUAGGUUACAGAACAUACUGAUGCAUCUGCGAAAGUGUGUCAGUCACCCUUACCUGUUUGACGGUGUGGAGCCUGAACCGUUUGAAAUGGGGGAACAUUUGGUAGAGGCCAGCGGGAAGCUUCACCUCCUGGACAGAAUGCUGGAGUUCCUGCACCAAGGGGGCCACCGUGUGUUGCUGUUCUCUCAGUUUACCAGGCUGCUGGACAUACUGCAGGAUUAUAUGGAGUACAGAGAUUAUAGCUAUGAGCGCCUAGAUGGGUCUAUCCGUGGGGAGGAGAGGAACCUAGCUAUCAAGAAUUUCAGCAACAAGGAUGUUUUCGUCUUCCUGCUCAGCACGAAAGCAGGGGGUGUUGGUAUGAACCUGACGGCCGCUGACACCGUGAUCUUCAUGGACAGCGACUUCAACCCACAGAACGACCUGCAGGCUGCCGCUCGUGCCCACAGGAUCGGCCAGACGAGGCCUGUGAAAGUGAUCCGGCUGCUGGCCAGAAAUACGGUGGAGGAGAUCGUGUACACGAGAGCGGUGUCCAAGCUGCGCCUCACUGACACGGUCAUUGAGGAGGGCCGUUUCUCCCUUCUUAGCCCGGCCCAGUCUGCGGAUGCCGGCCUCCAGUUAAGCGAGAUCCUCAAAUUUGGGGUGGACAAGCUGCUGGCAUCAGAGGAGAGCUCAGUGCAAAAUGUGGACCUGGGACUCAUCCUGGGACGGACUGAGGACGGGCAGUGGGUCGAUGAUGAGGAGCCCAUGCACACACUCGAGGAAGAAGAGGGAUCUGCCUCUGAAAAUCAAGUUCCAGACCACAUGUACGUCUAUGAGGGAAGGGACUACUCCCGGGACCCCAGCUCCGAGGACCAGAAGAGCUUCGAGCGUCUUCUGGACGAGCGGCUGGCAGCGGGGGAGAAGGAGGGCCGAGUCCUGCGCUGCAAGCCUGGGGUCUCCCUGUCCGGGCCCCUGAUGACUGCGAGUCGCAGGAAGAGGCCGUUGAGUGAGGCGGAAUUGGAGCUGAGGCGGCAAAAGCGGCAGGAGGUGGCUGCCAAGAAGGCCAAGCUGCAGGAGGACAGGAAGCGGCAGCGGGAGGAGCAGCAGCGCAGGAGGAAGAUGGAGUGGUGGGAUUCGUGUGGGUACCGUACCCUGUGCCUGCCUUCUGAUGACAGUGAAGAAGAUCAGGAUGAGGAGGAAGAUGUCACCAGCAUUUUCUCUGUGGAUUCAGACCGGACAGACAUCCAUUACGUUCUAGGAGAUGUCACCCACCCCCACACUGCCCAACAGGACGCCAUAAUCGUGCACUGUGUUGAUGACUCUGGGCACUGGGGCCGCGGUGGGCUUUUCACGGCGCUGGAGGUCCGGUCGGAUCAGCCCCGCAAGCAGUACGAGUUGGCUGGAGAAAUGAAAGACCUGGAGCUGGGCCAUGUGCUGCUGUUCCCUAUUGAUGACAAGGAGUCCAGGAUGGACGGGCAAGACCAAUUAGCACUCAUCAUAGCUCAGCAGAGAGACCGCUCCAACAACCUGUCAGGCAUCAGGCUCUCUGCCCUGGAGGACGGCUUGAAGAAGAUAUACAAGGUGGCCAAGCGGAAGAACGCUAGUGUCCACCUCCCCAGGAUUGGUCACUCCACAAAGGGCUUCAACUGGUACGGCACGGAGAGACUGAUCCGGAAGCACCUGGCCUCUAGAGGCGUCCCUACCUACAUAUACUACUACUCGCGAGUGUCCAAGCAGGUGCCCUCAACAUCACAUGUGCCCACGUCACCUGCAACCCUGCCCUCCCCUGAUAGCCCACAUGGUGCAGAUACUGCCAAGCACGACCAGGGUCCGAGCCCCCCCGCCCUGGCAGACUUCAUGCAUGGCAUCCAUGUUUUCUUUUACAAUAUUGCUGCCUCCUACAGGAAGAGCCUGGUGCGACACCUCAUCGCAUACGAUGGGGAUGAGCACCAGAUGAUGAGUUCGGGAAUCACGCACAUCGUGGCUGAGGUGGAGACUCCUGUCCACAAACAGGAACUGCUGGACUUCCUGGACCAGCAUCCUCAAGCACUUCCUGUGCAGAUGACAUGGCUGGAGACCUGUUUCUCCGAGCAGAAGAGAGUCAGCGAGACUCACUUCCUCCUGGAGCUUCACUGACCUCUGCCCACAGUGCAGCUUCCUCAGCGAUCUGGCACGCGUCUGGUUGUCAGUCGACUUCAGUGUGAAUGUCUUACAGAAAAUCCAGCAUGCGAGACUGCAGGACUGGGGAUGUUGGAUGGAAACAGCCUUGGAGAGUGGCCUCCACACACAGAAUAUACAUGGACAUGCAUCCCUGAUUUUCUAUAUUUUAUAGGGAUGCUGAAACAGAAACGAGAUUUGACCAGAUGCUUAAUGGAAAUUAAUCCUUUUGGUCCAGUCACGUAUAGCAUUGCCUGAUAAAUAGUCUUGUGGGAGGGGGGGGCAGCCUGUUUAGUCAUCCUGCCGACACCGGACAUUAACUGCACUGUUGUACCGCCCUCCUCUUAGUAAACUGAUUUUUUUUGAUUCAGUAAAAGACUCUACAUCUAACGAUG